AUGAAGACCUGCAUCGUCCCCGAGGCCUUCCUGGUGUUCACCAGCAGAGCCACCAUCCACAGGAUCUCCCUGGAGACCAACAACAACGACGUGGCCAUCCCGCUCACGGGCGUCAAGGAGGCCUCCGCGCUGGACUUCGACGUGUCCAACAAUCACAUUUACUGGACGGACGUCAGCCUGAAGACCAUCAGCCGUGCCUUCCUGAAUGGGAGCUCGGUGGAGCACGUGAUCGAGUUCGGCCUCGACUACCCUGAAGGCAUGGCCGUCGACUGGAUGGGCAAGAACCUCUACUGGGCGGACACCGGGACCAACAGGAUCGAGGUGGCCCGGCUGGAUGGACAGUUCCGGCAGGUCCUCGUGUGGAGGGACUUGGACAACCCGAGGUCGCUGGCCCUGGACCCCACCAAGGGCUACAUCUACUGGACCGAGUGGGGCGGCAAGCCAAGGAUCGUGCGGGCCUUCAUGGACGGGACCAACUGCAUGACGCUGGUGGACAAGGUGGGCCGGGCCAAUGACCUCACCAUUGACUACGCUGACCAGCGUCUCUACUGGACUGACCUGGACACCAACAUGAUCGAGUCGUCCAACAUGCUGGGCCAGGAGCGGGUCGUGAUCGCCGACGACCUCCCGCACCCCUUCGGCCUGACGCAGUACAGCGAUUACAUUUACUGGACAGACUGGAACCUGCACAGCAUCGAGCGGGCCGACAAGACCAGCGGCCGGAACCGCACGCUCAUCCAGGGCCACCUGGACUUCGUCAUGGACAUCCUGGUGUUCCACUCCUCCCGCCAGGACGGCCUCAACGACUGCGUGCCCAACAACGGGCAGUGUGGGCAGCUGUGCCUCGCCGUCCCCGGCGGCCACCGCUGCAGCUGUGCCUCGCACUACACCCUGGACCCCAGCAGCCGCAACUGCAGCCCGCCCAGCACCUUCUUGCUGUUCAGCCAGAAAAGUGCCAUCAGCCGGAUGAUCCCGGACGACCAGCACAGCCCGGACCUCAUCCUGCCCCUGCACGGGCUGAGGAACGUCAAGGCCAUCGACUACGACCCCCUGGACAAGUUCAUCUACUGGGUGGAUGGGCGCCAGAACAUCAAGCGAGCCCGGGAUGACGGGACCCAGCCCUUCAUUCUGACCUCUCCGAGCCAGAACCAAAACCCAGACAGGCAGCCCCAUGAUCUUAGCAUCGAUGUCUACAGCCGGAUGCUGUUCUGGACGUGCGAGGCCACCAACACCAUCAACGUCCACAGGCUGAACGGGGAGGCCAUGGGUGUGGUGCUCCGUGGGGACCGAGACAAGCCCAGGGCCAUCGCCGUCAAUGCCGAGCGAGGGUACCUGUAUUUCACCAACAUGCAGGACCGAGCAGCCAAGAUCGAGCGUGCGGCCCUGGAUGGCACCGAACGCGAGGUCCUCUUCACCACGGGCCUCAUCCGCCCCGUGGCCCUCGUGGUGGACAACACGCUGGGCAAGCUCUUCUGGGUGGACGCAGACCUGAAGCGCAUCGAAAGCUGUGACCUGUCAGGGGCCAACCGCCUGACGCUGGAGGAUGCCAACAUCGUGCAGCCCGUGGGCCUGACCGUGCUGGGCAAGCAUCUCUACUGGAUCGACCGCCAGCAGCAGAUGAUUGAGCGCGUGGAGAAGACCACUGGGGACAAGAGGACACGAGUCCAGGGCCGUGUCACCCACCUGACCGGCAUCCACGCCGUGGAGGACGUCAGCCUGGAGGAGUUCUGUACGUCGGGGCUGGGCAGUGGUGUGGGAGUGGGCGGGGGAGGGUGGGAGGCACAACUUGACCCCCACCCUCUUUUUGUUUCCACAGCGGCCCACCCAUGUGCCCGGGACAAUGGUGGCUGCUCCCAUAUCUGCAUUGCCAAGGGUGACGGGACACCGCGGUGCUCAUGCCCGGUCCACCUCGUGCUCCUGCAGAACCUGCUGACCUGUGGCGAGCCUCCCACGUGCUCCCCGGACCAGUUCGCCUGUGCAACCGGGGAGAUCGACUGCAUCCCGGGGGCCUGGCGCUGCGAUGGCUUCCCCGAGUGUGAUGACCAGAGUGACGAGGAGGGCUGCCCGGUCUGCUCCGCUGCCCAGUUUCCCUGCGCGCGGGGCCAGUGCGUGGACCUGAGACUUCGCUGCGACGGUGAGGCUGACUGUCAGGACCGCUCAGAUGAGGCGGACUGCGAUGCCGCCUGCCUGCCCAACCAGUUCCGCUGCGCGAGCGGCCAGUGCCUACUCAUCAAGCAGCAGUGCGACUCCUUCCCUGACUGCGUCGACGGCUCCGACGAGCUCAUGUGCGAAAUCACCAAGGCGCCCUUGGAUGAGACCCCGGCCCACAGCAGUGCCAUCGGGCCCGUCAUUGGCAUCAUCCUCUCGCUCUUCGUCAUGGGCGGGGUCUACUUUGUUUGCCAGCGUGUGGUGUGUCAGCGCUACACAGGGGCCAACGGGCCCUUCCCGCAUGAGUACGUCAGCGGGACCCCCCACGUGCCCCUCAACUUCAUAGCCCCGGGCGCCUCACAGCACGGUCCCUUCACAGGCAUCUCGUGCGGCAAGUCCAUGAUGAGCUCUGUGAGCCUGAUGGGGGGCCGGGGCGGGGUGCCCCUCUACGACCGGAACCACGUCACUGGGGCCUCAUCCAGCAGCUCAUCCAGCACCAAGGCCACGCUGUACCCACCGAUCCUGAACCCACCGCCAUCCCCUGCCACGGACCCCUCCUUGUACAACAUGGACAUGUUCUACUCUUCAAACAUUCCCGCCCCCACCAGACCCUACAGGCCCUACAUCAUCCGCGGCAUAGCGCCCCCGACAACGCCUUGCAGCACUGACGUGUGUGACAGUGACUACAGCGCCAGCCGCUGGAAGGCCAGCAAGUACUACCUGGAUUUGAACUCAGACUCAGACCCCUACCCGCCCCCGCCCACACCC